AAACCGGCAAUCGUCAGGAAGAACACCGCCGCGGCGCAUUACACGCACAGACAGCAGGCUGCCCUUUCCCCCCGACAACGUGCCAAGCAAGGACCUCCCUCUGCUUCCCCCCACAGCCCAAGAACCUGGAAUCGAGGAUACCGGAGACAUGCCGCCGAGGGGGAGGAAGCACUGGUGCAAGCAGUGCAAGAGGAGCUUCCCUUCCGGGGCCUCACUCGGAGGCCACAUGGCGGUCCACAGGAGCCGGCGCAAGAAACAGCUGAGCGGCAACCCAAGAGUCGCCGGCGAGAGGUACGGCCUCCGGGAGAGGUGCCAGAAGACGUCGUGGCUGCUGGAUUCCGCUUCUAGCGACGACGAUCGAUGGGCGUUGUUCCCCAAGACUGAAUGCCAGUUGUGCUUCAAGUCCUUUGCCUCCCCUGACGCCCUGUCGAUGCACAUGAGGAUGCACAAGCGCCGCAGGAAGAUGGCUGUGGAGCACCAGGCAUCGGUAGGCGAUGGUGAUCACAAUGCUCCUCUGUCUGCUGCUCCAGUGAUGAAGAGGAAGAGGUCGAGGAGGAUGGUCAUGGACACUGUUCCUUCCCCGGUGAUGAAGUCAUAUGGGAUGGAGGAGGUUGAUGCCGCAUGGAUUCUUGUGUCGCUUUCAGGAGAUCAUGGCAUGUGCUCGGCUUCUGUUGAUUGUGGCGAAGGUGGUGAGAUGGACGUCAACGCGGCAUCGGCGUUCGAUACGCUCAUGACAGAGAUGGGGCUGAGUUCUCCUGAUCAUCAUGGCCCAGUUGGAGAUAAUGAGUUGAUGGAGCCAGAGCCUUCUAGCUCUUAUGAGGAAGGGAAGUUUGUCAGCCUUUCAAAGGUGUUGAAGGCAACAGCUAGCUAUGAGUGCAAGCUUUGUGGACAGGUCUUCACGUCUGGUCAGGGAUUGGGAGGCCACAGAAAGCGUCACAGUUUUGCCGAUCAUGGUAGAGUUCCAACCGUUCCCAAAUCUGCAGCGACUCAACCGUGCGAAGAGCUGCUUCCACCGGAUCGCCGGUCGCUCUCUCUCAGCCUGCCAGCUCCCAGCAUAUGGAACUGCAGCAGCACAAGGCCAAAGCCUGAACCGAAUCCGCUGUUGGUCGCAAGCAGCCUUUGGGAUGAACGAAUGCUGGGCGUUAUCUGAAAGUGGUUACAGUUUCUUCAUAGAUCUUGUAGCUAAUCCACAUUUUUUGCUAGCAAUCGAUAGCCAAAGAGUAUGAUACCAGGAAUGAUCUCUGUAGUCUGUACAAUCGUUAUGGACAACUCUGCCUUUUGGAUUUGGCAGUGGUCUUGCAUGUUGCACUGCCUUUUUUGGUUCCCAAACAUUGAAAUGUACCCAUUAACAAUCAGGGCAUUAGUUCUAGAUUGGUUAUUCCCUAGCAAGUAGAGAGCAGCGUCGUCCAGGUUGCAGCAAUUCAAUUUUAUUUUUAUUUUUGUCUCCGAGAGUCUGUGGCAACUGUUAUGAUCUCCAAAUUUGUUCAGCUCAUUGUAAUUUCCUAGUUUAGUUUUGGCUCAGCU